UACCCCUGCUACCGCUUCUAAUCUCGAGUCGAGUCCCUAUAUCAUGUCAUAUCAUAUCAUACCUUAGGAGGUACCUUUCACAUGCUUCCUCACCUCACCUCCCCUCCCCUCCCCUUCUUAGCAAAUACAUAGCCCCCUACAAAAAAAUAAAGAGAUAAUAAUAAAAAUAAUAGUAAUUCAUUCUAAUUAACCCCCAAAAAACCAAAAUGCUCAUCCGCACCCUCCCCCUCCCCACCCCCCUCACGAUCCCAACUGAGCCCCUAACCCCCAGCGCCUUCGCCCCCUUCGGCUCCGUCCUAACUAACCCGGCCCCCGAACUCCAUCCCUCCGCCGCAGCCGCAUCCUCUUCUUCAUCUUAUUCGUCUUCGUCUUCUCUUCUCCCCCAAGGCUUCGGCGCCGUCUCCGCCAACCAAGGCACCGCCAUCCAGUACCGGGGCCUGGCGCCCCCCUUGCGGGACUUGUACGCCCAGGCGCCGAGCGGGAGGAGGGCGUCGCCGCGGACUACGAUGUUCGUGUGCGGGGCGCGGGAGCUGGAGCCGGAGCCGGACGGAGAGGGCGAGGGCGAGGGGGGAAAUGGUGGUAGGAGCAAGAGCAGGAGCAGGAGUAGGGGUCUGUUCACCGUGCACGUCCUCGAGCGGCACCCCUUCACCACGCAGACCUUUGUGCCUCUCAGCUCUUCUUCCUCUCCAUCAUCAUCAUCAUCACCACCUGCACCGGUGCAGUAUCUCGUCGUCGUAGCGCCGACCCUGCCGCCCAGCAGCGCGGACACGGCCUUCCCUGCUCCCGAAGACGGAGACGGAGACGGAGAUGGGUCUCGGCAGAAACUCCCCGGCCGGGGCAUGCCGGACCUGCGGCGCGUCCGCGCGUUCCUGGCCACGGGCUCGCAGGCCGUGACGUACGGCGCGGGGACGUGGCACGCGCCGAUGGCGGCGCUGGGGCCCCCCGGCUCGGCGGUCGAGUUCGUCGUCGUGCAGUUUGCGAACGACGAGCCGGUGGAGGAUUGUCAGGAGGUCGCUCUUGAGGGGGGAAAGGGAGGAGGAGAAGGAGAAGGAGAAGGAGGACAGGAGGAUAGUGGUUCGAAGAUAAAGGUUCGUGUGGCGGGGCAGGGAAGGCGGGGACAUGGGGCUUCGAAGUUGUAGGAUUGUAGGAUUGUGUAGAGUGUAGAGUGUAGAGUGUUCUGGGCAGUGGUUAGUGGAUGGAGGGGGAAGAAGAUGAUGGAAGCUUAAGGCAAGCCUGCUUUCACCACCUAAUUGCUUACAAAGAGAACAAUCACUACCUAUCCUAAGAUUAGCUGCUAGUCUUUACGGAUAUUCAAACGGAGUCUUGAAGAAUCAUCUACGAAAAGGAUGCCUUAGUUUUAAAAGCAACUCAUCAUCCAUACAAUUUUACUUUGAUUCAGGUACUUAAACCCAUUUAUCACUACCCCUACCAGUCUCUCAGGGGCAAAAAACUUAAACGCCCCUAUUUUAGAGGUAUUUCUCAUCUACGAAGCAUAUUAAAGAA